AUGCCCGCACACAUCCCACGUAGCGAAUAUGAGGGUAAUCUCCACCCUAUCGUUCCCAAGUCCGUCACCCGCCCUGACAUUGUAAAUCACGAACACGCGAGCGAUGCGACACGCUACCUCCUGCCCGUGCUGUUCACUAGCCACCAAGGAACGCAGCUUGUAAUGAGGUAUCCAGGCUUCGGCGUAAUACAUAUCCUUGAAGGAGAGAUACAGUAUGAGGAUAUGGUUACGCCAGGUGGUCCCCCUACUAUAAUGAGAGCCGGUUCGGUGGCCUACUUCGAGCCUAAUUCGUGUGUUAGGUGGCAUUGUGCCUCGGCAUCUGGAGCACAGGGCUUUGGAGUAUUCGAUGUACCGGUUUCUGUCAAGAGCUGCGAUGAAUUUGUGGUUUCAAACUAG